AUCCAAAGAUCGUUGCCACCAACAUUUCCCUGCUGGAAACCAAAACCACAGGGAUGAAGACACUCACUAGUUUUAUAAAAAUGUUACAAGAUAUUUGUAGCGCUUCAUGUCAAAAAGCCGCCAGUAUUAGCAAAUCAGGUUCCUCCUUAAUGGCAUGCUGUGGUCGCUUCAUCCUCCGCAGUUCACCAAAUCCUCUAUGGGUUCAAAUUUUCUACUUCACCUCUCUCUCGUUAAUGGGGUACGGAGUUCUCAAGGCUCUGCACCCCAGAAAAACAGGGUCAGAUUUCACUCCUACUAGCUUAGACAUUUUCUUCACCUCUGUUUCAGCCACCACAGUUUCAAGCAUGUCCACGGUUGAAAUGGAGGUUUUUUCCAACUCCCAAUUGAUCAUGAUGACCAUUUUAAUGUUCAUAGGUGGUGAGAUUUUCACCUCAAUGGUGGGUCUCUGUUUCUUUAGGUUCAAGCUCAAAACAGAGCUUCAUAAACUUGCUGCUUCUCAUAGCCGUCUCAGUUGUCCAAAUCAAAUGAUUUUGGACCAAGUUGAACUAGGUGGUAUGGUCACAAUCACAAACACUAACUCAGAUAGUUCUCAUUCUCUACCUAAAUUCAAUGAGAUUGAACACGAAUCUCAUGAUUAUUUGAGUGCCUCAAAUAAAAACUUGAGGUACUUAUCUAUGAAAUGCUUGGGUUUUGUAGUUCUAGCUUAUCUUCUAGUUGUCCAAUUGAUAGGGGUUAUUGGAAUUUCCCUUUACCUGGAUUUAAUUCACAGUGCUAAAGAGGUGAUACAGAAAAAGGGGUUAAACAAGGUCACAUUCUCUGUUUUCACUGUAGUUUCAACUUUUGCUAGCUGUGGUUUUGUUCCAACAAAUGAAAACAUGGUUGUUUUUGGGAAGAAUUCAGGUCUUCUUCUCAUGCUGAUUCCUCAGAUUCUUCUUGGCAAUACCCUUUUCCCUCCUUGCUUGAGAUUUGGGAUCUGGGUUCUGGGGAAAUUUCAUAAGAAGAAAGAGUGUGAGUACCUUCUGAAAAAUAGUACACAGGAGGUUGGGUACAAACACUUGCUUCCAAAACAGCACUCUGUAUUUUUGGUGGGCACUGUUUUUGGGUUUAUUGUGGUUCAAGUUUUGGUUUUUUGUUUGAUGGAUUGGGAUUCAGAAGGUUUGAAGGGGAUGAAUGAGUACCAGAAAUUCAUUGGAGUGUUGUUUCAGAGUGUGAAUUCCAGACACACAGGGGAAACCAUUGUGGACAUCUCAAUCCUUUCCCAGGCCAUCUUGGUGCUGUUUGUGGUGAUGAUGUACCUUCCUCCUUACACCUCUUUCAUUCCAAUGAAAGAUGGUAUGCAAGACUCAGAUGAGAAGAUUCAAAAAAGAAGAGGAAAAGUUGUAGAGAACUUGAUAUUCUCUCAACUCUCCUAUUUAGUCAUAUUCAUCAUCCUCGUGUGCAUAACUGAGAGGAAAAAAUUGAAGGAGGAUCCUCUCAAUUUCAACGUCUUGAACAUUGUCGUUGAAGUCGUCAGCGCUUAUGGGAACGUAGGGUUUACGACAGGAUACAGUUGUGAGAGACAGUUGCAUCGAGAGGCAAACUGCCUAAACAAGUCGAUUGGAUUUGUGGGAAAAUGGAGUGAUAAGGGGAAGAUUAUUCUCAUUUUUGUCAUGUUGUUUGGAAGGCUCAAGAAGUUUAAUAUGGAUGGAGGCAAAGCAUGGAAACUCCUUUGAUUAAAUAAAUAUAUCAUUCUUUUUCAUUUGUACUUAAUUUCAUUUUCAUCGAUCAUUAUAUUCUCUCCCAUUCUCAUAUCACUGAAUUGAGUAUGCAAUUGUACUGUGCAAAAGCAAAAAGCUUAUCUUAGGGAUGAGUGUUGUUAUAUAUAUACUCCAUCCUCGUUCUUUAAUAUAAGA